AGGAGUCUGAACCCAGGCCGAUUGCGUUUCUAGUCCGCUUGACGUUUCAGCAGUUUAAAACCCCUAUAGAAGUGUACAACUCCAGAAAAACAUACAGCAGUACGCCGUGCAUAUUUCCAUAUCAGACGAGACGUCUUGUCUUUGCAUUUGGAAGAGUUGAGAAGAUGCCGGCUGCGAUGAACGGUGAGAGCUCCGUGCCGUCCACCAGUCCUGAGCUGGGGGUGUCCUCGGCCCCCGGAGGGGCGGGCGGCGUCGGCGUGGGGGGCCCCGCGGGGGCGUCGGGAGGCGGGGCCCAGUCGGAGCAGGUGCUCAAGCAGAUCCUCACCGUCAUCGAGAAGAAGGUCCGAAACAUGGAGAAGAAAAAGAGUAAACUGGAUGAUUACAACAGCAAGAAGACCAGAGGAGAGAGCCUCAACGCGGACCAGCUGGAGGCGCUGUCUAAGGCUCAGGAGGUGGGCCACAAUCUGGACUUCGCCAGAGAACUGCAGAAGAACUUCAUGGCCCUCGGCAUAGACCUCCAGAAGGCUGAGCGUAAGGCGUGGAGGCGCGAGCAGCUUCGUCGCGAGGAGGAGGAGAGGAGGCGUCUCCAGAAGCUGUUGGAGGUGCAGCUCCUCUUGGAGCAGCUGCAGGAGGCGAGUGUGUGUGAGGAGUUGAGAGAGGAGACGCCGCCCGUACUCACACACACGCAGAUCACACACCUGCACGACUUCAGCAGGCUGGUCCACCCACAGACACACAGAGAGCACGGCACCAGGUUGGCAGAGCAGUUUGAGGAGGCUUCUGUUCACAUGUGGGAGCUGCUGGAAGGCAAAGACAAACCUGUCAUCGGAACCACAUAUAAAGCCCUGAAGGAGAGUGUGGAUCAGGUGCUCCAGAGCGACUACUUCCAGCGCCUACACACACACCGCAACGGAGCAUGUGCGGAGCAGGAGCAGGAGGAGGAUCAAGAGGAGGAGGAGGAGGAGCAAGAGGAGGAAGAGGAGGGGCCUGUGGAGGAGGUCAACGCCCCCUCGGAAUCCUCAGAAGCUGAGGAGCAGCCGGAACCCGCAGUGGAGGAGGAGGCGCCUGAGCAGGACUACACUGAGGAGCUGGUGGACACUACAGAGUUUGUGAACAGACAGCUGGUGCCAGAGGUCUCCCAGAGCAGCGUGCAGGAGGAGACCAGCUCAGAAUGGAACCAGGAGGCAGAGGUUUCGCCUCCUCUGCCUGAGGCUCCGCCCACGUCCGAUGAGCCCGCCCCUCCGGUCUCCGUGGUAACCGACCCGGUGGUCCGCAAGCAGGCGCUCCAGGACCUGAUGGCCACGAUGCAGGGCACCUACAACUUCAUGCAGGAUUCUGUGCUGGAUUUUGACGGACAGGUGAUUGAUCCAGCCAUCGUGUCUGUUCAGACCACAAGUCCCGCCCACAGUCUAGACAGAAUGCAGAUGAGCUGUACGGUUCAGUCGGAGUCGCAGCAUCUCUCUCAGGCCAGUGCAGUCCCCACACAUCAGGAGGUGUCCCUGGUCUCUUCUCCUCCUGAGGACUUCUCCUCCUCUGCUCCUCUCUACCCUCCACCCCUCACCACAGAACCCCUACAGGUCUUCAAUUGCUCCACCCCCCCUAUGGCUCCAGCCAAUGAGGUGGAGGCUCAGAAUCUCUCCAGCCAAUACCAGCGCAGCUUCAGCCCCAGCUACAGCGCUCAGCCCGCCCACUCUGAGGAACCCUCGGACCUGCAGCCAGCGGUGGCCUCCUUCCAUCAUUCCCAGGAUGCUUUGCAAGCGGCCGGCGUCCACCAAUCCCAGCAGCCGGGGGCGGGGCCAACCUUCUUCGGGGGCAAUAGGGGCGCAGCCAUGAGCAGGGGAGGUCCAAGACCCCCGCGAGGAGGAUACAGAGGUGGGUAUGAUGGCUACCGCCCCCCCUUCCCCAGUGCAGCAGGUGGCAACUACGGACACACACAGUUUGGCAACGCACCACGAGAAUACAACACCUACUCACGGGACUCUUACCAUCAGCAGGGCUAUAAAAGGGGCGGCGGCCAGACGUCCAGAGGCCAGCGAGGCCACGCCCACACGAGGUCCUAGCGACCAAUGACACGACUACUCCUGCAGCCGGCACCUCCCCCUUUAGCUCUCUCUCCCUCUUCUGUCCUCCCUCCCUCUCUCUCUCUUUCUCUUUCCCUCUAACUCUCUCUCUCUAUCCCCCAUCCUUCCACCUCUAGGCUCUCCUGUCCUCCCCCCUUCUCUCUUCCUCUCCUCUACCUAUCCCUUCUUUCCUCUCUCUCUUCCUUUAGCUCUCUUCUGUCUUCUUCUUUACCUCUCUCUAUCCUUCUAUCCCCCAUCCCUCCCUCCCUACCUCUCUGUCUCUUCUCCAUCUCCCUCUGCUCCCUCCUUUCUUUCUCUCCCUCCCUUACCUCUCUCUAUCCAGCCUUCUACCCCCAUCCCUCUCUCCCUCCCUUACCUCUCUC